AGAAUUAUGAUCAAUGUUUUUAUACUGCAGCAACCAUUCAGAGAGACAAUUGUUAUAAUUUGGAUUUGUUAUAUUACGGAAGUAAAAAAAAGUUGUAAAAGUAAAGCGGCUGCAUAAAAGAAAACACGAAGAGUUCGUGCAUGGGCUUUAUCAUGCAUAAUCUCUAAUUCUUGAUUUUCUUUUUUUAUAAUAAAGAUAAAGACUUUCAAAACCAAUACGAACUCUCCCUCCAAGAAAUAAACACACAAAGAGUUCGAUACGAACUAAGUCUUUCCAGAACGAUAACGAACUCUACUCAAAGUGUCUCCGCCAUGCAACCACCGCGGCAGAACGUCUCGAAGGACGGCGAGCUAACCAUUUAUGGAGGCGUUACACGAUCGAUGACCAGACGUCAUCGGAACUCAUUGCCGGUUCCUGACGAUCUCGCUAUGGAGAUAUUCACGAGGCUGCCGUCGAAGGCGAUGGCGAGAUGCCGUUGCGCAUGCAAGCUCUGGUCCUCCGUGCUUCGCAGUCAAGAUUUCACAGAGCUUUUCUUGACCAAAUCUUGCGCUCGCCCCCAGCUCCUUUUCGUCAGGGAAGAUUACAGCGUCAGAGAGAUUGUCUUCAUCACGUCACCUCAGCCUGAAAAUCCGGAAGAGAACUCGUACGUUGUAGCAACCAAUCAUCUUGCGCGUUUCCCACGUUCCAACGGAUUCUAUGGUUGUACUUGUACCAGUGGCUUCUUCUGUUAUGGAGAUAACCGGAACCUUAAGGGGCUGCAAAGACCAGUGCGUGUUCCGGUGAUAUCGAACCCCAGCACGGGACAGUCCUUGACCUUACCAAGGUGGAACUCGAAAAAGAAGUAUGGAGUGGAAGGCUAUCUUGGAUAUGAUCCCAUUGCGAAAGAGUUCAAGGUGUUGUCGAUGAAUAAGUCGCGUGUUAGUGAAGGUUGGAUCUCAGUGGAGCACCAAGUUCUGACAUUAGGAACCAAGAAACUGUCAUGGAGGUUGGUCGAGUGUUGCAUCCCACAUCGUUCUUCAAGUAAGUGGAUAUGCAUCAGUGGCGUUCUUUACUACGCAGCUAGUGCAGCUGGAUCUUCCGAGAAUUCUAUGGUCGUUUGUUUUGACUUGAGGUCUGAGGAGUUCAGCUCUGUCAAGUUCGGUAAAGCAAUGCCUGAUUCAACAACUCUGGUAAACUACGAUGGGAAACUAGGUUUGCUUAUGUCUGGAGAUUCUCAUGAUGUUAGUGGAGCAAGAACAAGUUUUGAGCUGUGGGUUGUACGAGACGCUGUAAAGCACGAGUGGUUCAAUCACAUAUACGUAUUGCCACCUUCCUGGGAGGAUGUGGUUGCGGCGGAGACAAUGUGCAUUGCUGGAAUGGUUGGUGUAAAUGAAAUCGUCUUGGCCCCCUGGUUCCAAAGACUGCCUUACUAUGUCAUCUACUUCAACGUGGAGAGAAAGACCAUCACAAAAGUUGGAAUCCAAGGACUAGAAGCGUUUCAUGGUGGGAGUUUCCACACCUAUCUUAACUACGUUGAGAAUGUGAAGCUUCUUUAAGCAUUUUAUAAGUGAGAGACAAGUGUAGUUUUCAUUUUGUGUGUUUCGUUUUCUUCUAGCCUCUUAGUUUGAAAAGGUCCACCUGUUGUGGAUGAUAUAGGUAAUCUUCUUGUUACAGACUCUUUACAAAUGUAUACACUAAUCCAAAACAGAGAGUUUAGAAUAUGAUCUUUGAAUGUAA